CCGGGUGACCGGGAUGCGGAAGCCCUUCCCGGGGGAGCGGCGUUUCCGGCGCUGGCUGGGCCGCGGAAGCCGCGUCGGCCGCACCGAGCGCUGCAGCCGGGGCCGGGGCCCGCUAUGCGAGAGACGCCGAGGCCCGCAGCACAACACUAAAUUUGUGAUGAAAUGGAGUCUGGGUCAAGCUCUUUUCGAGUGGAAUUUCCAGAUUUUUCUAGCACCAUUUUGCAGAAGUUAAAUCAGCAGCGCCAGCAAGGACAAUUAUGUGAUGUGUCCAUUGUAGUUCAGGGCCAUCUCUUCAGAGCCCAUAAAGCUGUUCUUGCAGCUAGUUCACCUUACUUUUGUGAUCAGGUUCUCCUAAAAAAUAGCAGGCGAAUAGUGCUGCCUGAUGUGAUGAAUCCAAGAGUAUUUGAAAACAUUCUUCUGUCUACCUAUACAGGUCGACUGGUAAUGCCUGCUCCAGAAAUUGUUAGUUACUUGACAGCAGCAAGUUUCCUUCAGAUGUGGCAUGUAGUGGAUAAAUGCACUGAAGUGCUAGAGGGCAAUCCAACAGUUCUCUGUCAGAAGAUGAAUCAUGGCAGUGACCAUCAGUCCCCAAGCAGUAGUAGUUACAAUGGCCUUACUGAGAGCUUUGAGCUUGGCUCUGGAGGACAGACAGAAUUCCACAAAGUGCAGGAACUGAGGGAUGGUGAAAAUGAAGAAGAGAGCUCUAAAGAUGAACUGUCGUGUCAGCUGACAGAACAUGAGUACCUUCCCAGUAAUUCUUCAACAGAACAUGAUAGACUUAGCACAGGAAUGACAAGUCAGGAUGGUGAAGAAGGAACUAGUGAUAGUGCGGAGUAUCAGUAUACCAGACCAAUGUAUAGCAAACCCAGCAUCAUGUCUCACAAGCGAUGGAUCCAUGUGAAACCAGAAAGAUUUGAACAAGACUGUGAGGGUGUUGACAAUCCUUAUGAUGAACACCAAGUUUCUGAAUCCGUGAAUGCCAUUCAGGCAGAUCAUUCAAUCCAGUCUUCAGGUGUUGAAGACUUUCAUAUAGCUGACAAAAAGAUGGAAGCAGAAUUUGAUGAACAGGCAGAUGAAAGUAAUUAUGAUGAACAAGUUGAUUUCUACGGCUCUUCUAUGGAAGAAUUUUCUGGUGAAAGGGCAGAUGGAAAUUUAAGUGCUCACAGACAGGAUCUUAUGAUAGCAGCAGGCUAUGGUGAAGGAAUUGAAAUGGCUGCAGGAAUUAAAGAAGAAACAUCCCUCACUGGAUUCUCACAUGCUGAUAAGCUGUAUCCUUGUCAGUGUGGUAAAAGCUUUACACACAAGAGUCAGAGAGAUCGGCAUAUGAGUAUGCACCUUGGUCUUCGACCUUAUGGCUGUGGUGUCUGUGGUAAGAAAUUCAAAAUGAAACACCAUCUUGUAGGCCAUAUGAAAAUUCAUACGGGCAUAAAACCAUAUGAGUGUAACAUCUGUGGGAAAAGAUUUAUGUGGCGGGACAGUUUUCACCGGCAUGUGACCUCUUGUACCAAGUCAUAUCAAGCUUCUAAAGCUGAGCAGAGUACUACUGAGAUGAACUAAGACAUUAGUGCUUACAUUUGUUUAGAAGAGUAAUCAAAAUAAACUAAUUAUGCAAAUAGUGUCUGGUACUUGCUAUUGUGAAAUCUAAUUUUUUUAAAAAAACAAAUUUCAAUAAUUAUGCUAGUAUGAGCAGACCAAAGUUUUUAUUUUCCACAAUAUUAUUCUAGGUGUUCAGUGUGUGAUGUAGAAAUGGUUAAUCACAAAGGUGGUUGCACAAUGAGGUCAAUAAGGUCUUUAAGAUAUUGAUUAUCAUCACAGCAGUAUUUAGAAGUCCUGUUGUUUUAAUAAGUCUUCCAAAUUCACAGUAAAACCCAGCCCUAAAUUGACCCAAAUUCUGCAAAUAUUUACACGAACCAGGAAUUGAAGUAGCCUUACUGAAAAAGAGAAUUACGUAGCCAUACCAGGCUAUGUGGGCUAUCUGUUAAUAAAACUCCUGUGAUUCACAUUUUAAUUAAAAAAUAAAAAUGACCUCAAACUGGAGAUUGCCAACAUACUUAACAUGCAUCAUUAAUAGCCUGCAUCAUUAAAUAUCACUUAUUGUUUUGCUUAAUGAAAGGCUGUGUUAAGUGAUUUGGCUUUCCUUUAUCUGUCUUCCAUUCUUUUUCCAUCUUCAGUGAAACAAAUGAUUGUUUAAUUUUGUACUAGUUUCUAUUUAAAGAGUCUGCAAAGCACUUAAAUAUAGUUGUGCACCAUGUAAACUUAAAUCUGUGUUAAAUAUAAUUUAGUUGCCUCCCAUAGGGCCUAGUGCUGUAUGAUGCUUGGCUUGAUUUUGGUUGCUACGUAAUGAGAGCUUUUAAAGCGUGUGUAAUAAAUAUGCCUUGUCAAAACAAACAAAAAUAGGUGUAACAUUUGGAACUCUCCCUGCAUACUCAAAAUUCUAAACCCUAGCUUUAUAUUCAGAUUUUUUGUCUUAACUACAGUAGCAAGUACCAAACUGCAUAGCUUCAUGAACUGAAUUUUUUUUAUUGGUACAAAAUCUUGUUUGAGAACUUCUAUCUAGUUUUAGAACAUGCUUUAGGAAAAUGAUUUAGACAUUGAUAGGUGUUUUUACUCUUAAUUCUUUACUCUUUGAAUAGUAAGAACUAUAAUACAGAUUCUUGGUACAGAACUACUGUGACUGGUUACAUGUGAUCAUAAGCAGCCAGAGCUGUUUACCUCUUCAAAUGAAGUUGCUUGUGGGGAAAAAUGUAGAAAGUAUGGCAUUUGGAUCUAUUAAUGGUACUGCAAAACAUGGUACCAUGCUCAUGUCCGAAGUCUGGAUUUUCGCUGGGAAAGUGGCACCUCUCAUUCAUUAGGAUGAGGAUUUAUAUCCUGUGCUCUCAUUCCUGGAGCUAUAUAGAGGAGUUUUCGUAGUUUUGAGAGAUGCUGCCAGCUCUGCAGGUAGAGUGAAUGCAUCAAUUUUAAAUGUGACAGGAUUUGGGGUUUGAAAGCUUAGUGCAUUUCUAUGCAAAAGCAAUUAACCCUUCUCUGUAGUUUACUGAAAUAUAAAAAGGAAAGAGCCUUUAGAGUAUACGUAGGCUAUAAUAGGAAGGAGUGAUGUCCAAGUACAGUGCUGGGGGAAAUAAAUUAACCAGCAUCAAAAGCCUUCUAAGUCUGUCUGGCCCCGGUUUAUGUAUUAGAUACUGCAAUAGGCAGGAUCAUGUACUUAAACAGAUGACCCUGUAGCAAAAGCACACUAAGGUAAUUCCAAUUUGGAUUCUUUAUUGAACUCCCAAUUACAAAUUGUCUUAAGAUACAAUCAAACUGUAUCCUGAACGUGAAUAUCUAGUGCAAGCUGGGGUUUAUUACUCAGUGGGCUAUAAUUACUGUAACUUCUUUUCUGGCAUUCUACUUACAAACUUUAAUUGUUUAAGAGGCUCUUAAUUCUUAAUCUUCUAAUGCUUCAGAUAUUUUUUCAUAUGGAAUUUUGUUAAAACAGAUAUUCCCAAAUAUGAUGAAACCAUUGCUGGCAAUGGGCAUGAAUGGUCAGCACCAAGGAGUUCAUAUUUUUAGCACUUGAUUGAGCUCUAUAACAUACCAUGGUGACCAUAUAUAUAACCCUUGUACUCAAGGUAACAAAACAGGGAUUUGCUCACUAACACUGUAACCUGCUUAAUGUAUAGAAGCACUUUGUAUUUAAGAAAAAAAAAAAAAACUUUAUAAGUAUCUUUUUUAAACUUAGAAACUAUAUUCCCUUUAUGGUUUGUUUCCACACUGCUAACACUGUCUUUUUUAAUAUUAAGAAAAUUACAAUGCUUGCCUGUUUACAUGAGUGUAGAGGAAAAAAUUCUUCCACUCACUGGCCCUAUUUGUCCAUUCUCCAAGGCCUUAUUACAUACAGGGUGUCAUUUCUUCAAGUACUAUCAUCACAUUUGAGGAAGGUAUUCUCAUACUCAUUUUAUGAAUGAUCUUGUAUAUUACAUUGGUUCUCAGACCCUUUCAAAUUGUCACUUUAGUAUUGCAUAAAAAGGUUAAGGGUGCCUCUUCCCAUUUAACCAUUAAAAAGGCUGUUAUGAAGCACCAGGCUGUGAAACAUGGUCAAGCAAAAAAUCCUAUCUGUUAAACCUGGACCAUCCUACAGAGCUGCCAGCAAAACCGUUACUUUUACCGGCUUGGAAUGACUUUUAUACAUGACAUUUCAAAAUUGAAAGUUGCUCCUUUUUGCAGUUAGAUUACUUUGAAAUAAUGCUUUAAAAUAAAAUGUACUGAGAGAGACACUUUAAAGGUUUUAUAACAGGUCCAGUAGAUCAUAUUAUAGAACCAUAUUCCUUUUAGUGAUUUAGCAUGAAUAGUAACUUUUAAAUGUUUGCCUGUUACUGUUUUACCCCAUAUUAUGACAUCAGCUUGGAAUUCCAGCAAUUGUUGCUACACUGAUUUUUGUAACACUUGGCCUUCUGAUGUUGAUUUACAUGAAACCAACUUAUUGAAGAGAAGUACUGAUUUAUUAUGAGAUCUAAUUGAGAGGAUUGAGGAUUUAAGUGAAACUUGAGUUAUUUUUCAAAAAACAAAAACAAAAAAAAACCACAAUACUUUCUUUUGCUUAUCACAGGCAAAACAGUUGACUUGUAAUGUUUUUACUGAAUUUAAUUUAUUGCUUUUCAACAGACUUCUAAUCGAUUCAGUUAUUGAGAAAAAGAAAAAAAUUAAACACUUAAAGAAAUGCCUUUCCCCCUUCCUCCUACUUAGCUUCUCUCGAAUACCUCUUCUCCCCACAGCUUCCUAGUCUUUCUCUUGUCACUGGGAGUUGCACUAGGUCAGUCUGUUCCAAUUCUCUUGCUGAGGUGACAGUUUGCCCAGGAGUUUGGGGUCAUAUACAUACUGGCUUGUCUGGCUCUUUUCAUUUCUUAGUGAAUGUUCUCUGCUGCACUGGGCUUGUCAGUGUCACUGCCCCUGGCAUGGUUCCUGCACAGACUGUAGCCUCUUCUGGGAUGUGCCUGUUCCAGCUUGGGUCUCCCCCAGUUGUCAGUUUCUUCAGUGGUGUACCUGCUCUGGCCUAGGCCAAAGUCUUUCAGAAGUUCAGAAGUUUAUCUCCUCUGGCAUGGAGCAUGUCCUUCUGAGAGUGGGUCACAAUACACGUUCUCAGCAUCUCCUCUGUGUGUGUUUCCAAGAGUAUCUCCUCAGUUUCUCCUCAUGUGUUUUCAGUUGUGUUUCCCCAGGAGUGUUUCCUUCUUCCAUGUCUCCCCACACCUCUUGAUAGAAGCUGCCACUCUUUCUUAGAUUUCAGCAAAAGUGGUCCAAUGAUUGAAGUUUUGGCAUGUAAUGGGUUGUUUACAUCAGUUUCAGUGCUGGCUAGAAUCUGUUUUGAUGGACGCAGGGCAGUUUGUGACUCUUGCUGUGUGUGUGUCACCCUUGCAGCCCACUGCCACUGAAACCCUGCAAUUUACACCCAAUACAGCUGUAGACAGUAAACAGAAAUGCAGAUGCAGCUUCUGCCAAAUGCUUAAUCAUUGCUUGUGGGGUGGAUUUGUUCAAGGCAGGAGAUGGUUUCUUGUCUAUGGGGAGGAGGGAAGCAAUCAAUGUGUAAUAUGAAUGCAUAUAUAUAUGGUGAAUUUCAUUCAUUUUCCAUUAAGAUUCAUCACCUUAAUGAUACCACUUUUGUGCAUUUUUAUGUUGCUCAUGUCUUCUGUUGACUGUAGUAAAGUGAGUAUCUUCUGAAAACCAGAAUCAUUGUAUGCACAGGAGACUAUUGAUAUUUUCGGUUACUGUGAAGCCAUUCGUUAUCCUAUUGGUGGUAAGAACAUUUACUGAUAAUUCAGUUCAUUUUCAUUCCAUUCCAUAACAAAGACGUUGAUUACCAUGAAAUCUAUGGCUUAAGAUGUCAGGUUAGGUGUAUAUCUGACAUCUUUCUGAGGGAGAAGGUUCUGUUGUGGUUUUGUUGUUGUUCUUUUAAACAUUACCUUCACUGUUGCAUGCAGCAACUGCCUUGUUUUAUAAGUGAGCAGGUAGGUUCUAAAGGAAGCUGUUGGUAAAAUAUUUGGUCUUAGCUUUUUUUUUAAAUCUGAGAUACUUUUGCAGUUAAGAAACUGUCCCGUAUCGAAAGCAAGGAGGGUUAUCACAGAUUGAUAUAUUGGAUUUCUUAUUAAAAAGUGAGUAUUUGACAUCUCUGUGCUAUUGAAUCUGAAAGAAUGGAGGCACUUCAGAUCUUGUAAUUUCACCACUUUUGCGCUGAUGCUAGUGAGGUGUCCUGUUUCUGCAUUCUGAGAACCUAUAGCAGUAUAUUAAGUAUUUUGGUUUAAUAGAACCUUUCUCAAAACAACAAAUGAAAAUGUUUUUUUUGUGUGUAUGUGUGUGUUUUGUUUUGUCAUUUAAAUGCUUAAUUAGGUAGCUAGAGUUAUUUAGCUAUAAGCUGUAAACUGUCAGUGCCCUAGGGGAAGAUGCUGGAAAACAAAAUGUUAUAUUUUAAUGUGAUUAAACUGUAAAUUCUAAUUUUGCUUGAGGCCUGUGUCUGUCGAUUGCUGCUCCUUUUUUGUUAUUCAUGGGAUUCCAUAUUUCUUCCAGAAAUGUAACUGUUUAUGCAAGUCAAGUGAAUCUUCCUUAAUGAGCUAUAAGUUUUUAUUCAAAACAAGUCAUUUAUAAUAGUAAAACUGCAUAUCUUGAUAUUUUGUGAAAUGUUAUGCUUGUAUUGCAGAGGUUGGAUAGUUUUGUCUAUAAAUAUUGCUGUCUUAAUUGUACAGCAUGGUUUUAAUUUAAUUUUACUGUUCAAUAUUUUCUUCUUAUAGAAGAGUCCCAUGCCCCUUUUUUGUAUAACAUGUUUUAAUAAAUGUUACCUGUCAA